AUGGGGGAUGUGAAUCAAUCCGUGGCCUCUGACUUCAUUCUGGUGGGCCUCUUCAGUCGCUCAGGGUCAUGUCAGCUACUCUUCUCCCUGGUGGCUGCCAUGUUUAUCGUGGAGCUUCUGGGCAACACCGUCCUGGUCUUCCUGAUCUGCAUGGACUCCCGGCUCCACACACCCAAGUAUUUUCUGCUCAAUCAGCUCUCCCUGUUUGAUGUUGGCUUGCCAGUCACCAUCCCCAAGAUGGUGUCAGACUUCCUGCAGGAAGAAGGUUCCAUCUCCUUUGGGGGUUGGGCAGCUCAAAUAUUCUUCCUCACGCUGAUGGGUGUGGCCGAGGGCAUCCUGUUGGCCCUCACAUCCUAUGACCGUUAUGUUGCCUCGUGCCACCCCCUGCAGUAUCCUGUGCUCAUGAGGAGCCAGGUGUGCCUGCUCAUGGUGAGCUCCUCCUGGCUGGCAGGUGUGCUCAACGCCUCCAUCCAGACCUCCAUCACUCUGCACUUCCCCUUCUGUGCCUCCCGCACCGUGGACCACUUCUGUGAGAUGCCAGCGCUGCUGAAGCUCUCCGGUGCGGACCCUUCUGCCUACGAGCUGGCGCUGUCCGCCACGGAAGUGCUGAUCCUGUUGCUUCCUCUUUCCCUGCUCGCCACCUCCUAUGGCCGCGUGUUGGGGGCUGUUCUACGCACGCGCUCAGAGGAGGCCCGAAACAAGCCUUUCACCACCUACACCUCGCACAUCACAGUAGUGGGACUCUUUCAUAGCGCAGCCGUGUUGAUGUACAUGGUACCGGGCACCUACCACUGCCCACACCACGACAACGCGGUCUCCUUGUUCUACAGCCUCGUCACCCCCACACUCAACCCCCUCAUAUACAGUCUGAGGAACUGGGAAGUGCGAAUGGCUUUGAUCAAAGUGCUGAGCAGAGUUGGGCUCAGGUCAAAGUGA